AUGCCACCCAUGGCGAGCUCUAUACACCCCGACUUCCGGGACGAUGUCACUGUAGCGCAAGCUCGUGCGGCGGACGAGAAAACGGAACGCCUAUUCUUCGAACAACAGGUUGCGAAAAGAGCUGGAGAUAUGGAUCGCUAUUUGCAGCUUGCCCAAGAGAUGUUACAAACUCGACUAGGCGUUUACAAACCUGACUCGAUGCCAGUUGGCGAUGCCUGGUGCUUGAUCGGGUCAGCCUAUCGAAGAGAGUCUAAACUACAAGAGGCAAUAGAAGCUACUGAGAAGAGCAUCGAAAUACACGCUGCAGGAGAUAAUGAAGACAACUUUGUACUAGCCAGAGAACAAUUUUGUUUGAUCUUGGAGGACAUGGAAAAGCUCUCCGAUGCUAAGGAAAUUCGAUUACGAGGCGCAAGUACAGGGAGGAUGGUUUGUUCAAGCCCACAGGUAUGCUGA